AUGAAGCAGAUUGAUAGAUUAUAUAUUAGUGAUUGCAACUCUCUUACCUCCUUGCCUAUUUGCACUCUGCCGAGUACCUUGAAGACAAUAUCGAUACAUCGUUGCUGGAAAUUGAAAUUGGAGGCACCGCAUGGUAGUAAGAUGAAUUCUAACAUGUUUCUGGAGGAAUUGACACUGGAUGAAUGUGAUUCUAUAUCAUCACCUGAAUUGGUCCCAAGAGCACGCAAUUUUUAUGUAGAGAGUUGCCAAAACCUUACUAGGUUUUUGAUUCCUAAUGGGACUGAAAGACUCAGUCUUUGGUAUUGUGAGAAUCUCAAAAUACUUUCGGUGGCAUGUGGGACCCAGAUGAUGUCAUUGAAUAUCCUUCCAUCUCUUAAGGAACUGCGACUGUCUCGUUGUCCAGAAAUAGAGUCCUUUCCUGAUGGAGGAUUGCCCUUCAAUUUACAACUCCUUGAGAUCAGUUAUUGCGAGAAACUGGUGAACGGCCGAAAGGAGUGGCGUCUACAGACACUCCCCUCUCUCAGAGAGUUGGAGAUCCGCCACGAUGGCAGUGACGAAGAGAUUGUUGGCGGUGAGAAUUGGGAGAUGCCUUGCUCAAUUCAAAGGCUUACCAUAGACAAUCUGAAAACAUUUAGCAGCCAGGUUCUCAAAAGCCUCACCUCUCUUGAAUAUCUAUCUACUUAUGAUUUACCUCAAAUUCAGUCACUGCUGGAACAAGGGCUUCCCUCCUCUCUUUCCGAGCUACAUUUAGGAGGCCAUGGUGAGCUCCAUUCACUACCGACUGAAGGUCUUCAGCAACUUACUUCGCUUCAAAGUCUAGAGAUCAGAAAUUGCCAUCAACUCCACUCACUUCCUGAAUCAGUGCUUCCCUCCUCCCUCUCUGAGCUGACCAUCGAGGGUUGCGCUAAUCUCCAAUCACUUCCCGAAUCAGCUCUGCCCUCCUCCCUCUCUGAGCUGACCAUCUGGAAUUGCCCUAAUCUCCAAUCACUUCCUGAAUCAGGGUUUCCCUCCUCCCUCUCUAAACUAUAUAUUGACGAUUGCCCAUUGCUCGAACCACUCAUAAAAUUUGAC